GGGAAUCUAAAAGUAAAUAUACAAAUUCCCUUCUUCCCAAAUUUCACUAUUUGAAUUCGCCGGAGCGGUUCAGUUCAUCGGAAACGCCUUUUUUGUUUGCCGCCGGCGAAGAAUCCGUCGACGGAGAGCUGGUGGGAAAUUUGUUUAAUAAUUGAUGGAAGCUCCAGGGGGACCUAGACCAGGGAAUGUACCACCCAAUUACAAUCCUGAUGUACUUGCUCAUGGAAUGCAACAUUUGGAAAUUAAUAGACCCAACCACCCACCUACAAACCCUACUGGUGGUCCUAGGCCUAGUGCAACACCUUUUGGGCAGCAGCCACCCUCUUUUGCUGGUGGGCUGCCUGCGAAUAGUCCAGGACCUCCUCCACCUGGUGCAUUCCAAAGGGGUCCUCCGCAAACUACAUUGCCUCCGAAUGUAGUUUCUAGACCAAUGGUCUCUCCUUCUGUGGGUCAAGCUCCACCGUCCUUUGCAUCUAGGCCACCUCCUGCUGGUGCAGUGCUUCAUUCUGUUGGUAGUCCUGCCAUUCGACCGCCACCUGGUGCUUUGCCUUCAGCCCCAGGUCCUCGUGCUGGCCCGCCAGGACCUUUUGCUGCUUCAACAAGUCUUCUUGUGCCGCCUUCAGGUGUUUCUAGUUCAGCUAGUAAUGGGCCACCUGCAUUUGGUCCAGGGACAAUGCAGAGUGGACCACGUUUUCCUCCUCCAAGCAGGCCACCAGCUGGAGCUCCUCUGUCAGCAAUGUUAUCAUCUGGAACUCCUUCUCAGCCUCCAAGGAUGCAUCCAUCCUUUGGGAGUCCACCUUCAAGCACAACAUCAGUUACUGCACAACCACCGCCUUCAUUUCUGGGAUCAACUCAGAAUGUGCCACCUUCUUCAAGUUUCUCCACAUUUGCACCACCGGUCCAAGCGAUGCCUCCUCCUAUGGUUGCUCCUUAUGGAAUGCAAACAUGGCAAACACAGCCCCAUCAGGUUGCUCCACUUUCUGCUGUCCCUGGUUCGAUGCAACCACCUAUGAUGUUUGGGAUGACGUCUCUGCAUUCAAAUCAAGCAGAAGCUGCAAUAACUCCUUCUAUGGGUCAUGCUGGAUCUGCAUUAACUGGGCAAUCAAACUUUGAUUCCAGUCAAAUUCCGCGUCCAAUUCCAAAUUCUGCAGUAAUCUUGCAUGAAACUCGUCAAGGCAAUAAAGCCAAUCCCCCUCCGCCUGCCACCAGUGACUACAUUGUUUGGGACACUGGAAAUUGCAGUCCACGGUUCAUGAGGUGUACUGUCAAUCAGAUUCCAUGCACCAGUGACCUUUUGACGACCUCUGCAAUGCAGUUGUCUCUGUUGGUCCAACCCUUGGCUCUUCCUCAUCCAUCUGAACAGCCCAUUCAAGUUGUUGAUUUUGGGGAAAGUGGUCCUGUUCGUUGCUCUCGCUGCAAAGGCUACAUAAAUCCUUUUAUGAAGUUCAUUGAUCAGGGAAGGCGUUUCAUUUGUAACUUAUGUGGAUAUACCGAUGAAACUCCUCGGGAUUAUCACUGCAACUUAGGUCCAGAUGGCAGGCGUAGAGAUGCUGAUGAAAGGCCAGAACUAUGCCGAGGAACUGUUGAAUUUGUAGCUACUAAGGAAUAUAUGGUGCGUGAGCCAAUGCCUGCUGUAUAUUUCUUCCUUAUUGAUGUCUCCAUGAAUGCCAUACAAACUGGUGCAACUGCAGCUGCUUGCAGUGCGAUAAGCCAAGUCAUUUCUGAUCUUCCUGAAGGUCCUCGAACAUUGAUCGGAAUUGCUACAUUUGACUCGACUAUCCAUUUUUACAAUCUAAAACGUGCACUGCAGCAGCCAUUGAUGCUUAUUGUCCCUGAUGUCCAAGAUGUUUACACUCCCCUUCAGCGUGAUGUUAUCGUGCAGCUCUCAGAGUGUCGUGAACAUCUAGAGCUUCUCCUAGAAAACAUCCCAACAAUGUUCGGGCAUAACAGGACUGCUGAUUCAGCUUUUGGUGCUGCAGUCAAGGCUGCUUUCUUGGCAAUGAAAAACACCGGAGGGAAACUUCUUGUAUUUCAAUCAGUCUUGCCUUCUACUGGUGUUGGAGCCCUUUCUGCUAGAGAGGCUGAAGGAAGAAGCACAGUAUCAGCUGCUGAAACGGAGGCUCACAAAUUACUCCAACCAGCAGACAAAACCCUGAAGACAAUGGCUAUCGAGUUUGCUGAGUAUCAGGUUUGUGUUGAUGUGUUUCUUACAACACAAUCAUAUGUAGACAUAGCUUCCAUUUCUGUCAUUCCUAAAACUACUGGAGGACAGCUGUACUACUAUUUCCCUUUCUCUGCUAUUUCUGAUGCUGCCAAGCUUUACAAUGAUCUGCGAUGGAACAUUACUAGGCCCCAAGGGCUUGAGGCAGUAAUGCGUGUAAGAUGCAGUCAGGGUCUUCAAGUUAACGAGUACUCCGGAAAUUAUUGUAAACGAAUUCCAUCAGAUGUUGACUUGCCUGCGAUUGACUGUGACAAAACAAUAAUGGUAACAUUGAAGCAUGACGACAAAUUGCAGGAUGGUUCAGAAUGCUCUUUUCAGUGUGCUCUUCUUUACACCACCAUCGAUGGCCAAAGAAGAAUCAGGAUUUCAACUUUCUCUCUGCCUUGCACCACUAUGCUUAGUGAUUUGUUUCGAUCAGCUGACUUGGAUACCCAAUUUGCGUGCAUCUUAAAGCAAGCGGCCAGUGAAGUUCCAACAGCACCUCUCCCACAAAUCCGAGAGCACGUGACAAACCAUUGCAUUAACAUUCUAUACUCUUAUCGUAAAUUCUGUGCUACUGUCUCAUCCUCUGGACAGCUUAUUCUUGCUGAGGCACUUAAGCUUCUCCCGCUUUACACACUGGCUCUGAUUAAAAGCACGGGAUUGCGAACUGAUGGACCGAUUGAUACUAGGUCCUUCUGGAUUAAUUUUGUUUCCCCACUGUCUGUUUCAUUUGCUAUCCCUUGGGUGCACCCUAGAUUGAUAGCCAUUCAUGAACUCAAUACAAAGGAGAACGAGGAAUCUCUUAUUCCUCAUCCUAUUCCACUUUCCAGUGAAUAUAUCAAUGACAACGGUAUCUAUCUUCUAGAGAAUGGCGAGGACUGUUUAAUUUAUGUUGGUAACUCUGCAGAUCCUAGUGUUAUGCAUCAACUGCUUGGCAUUUCAUCUGUUGAACAAGUUCCUGCACAGUUUGUUCUGCAGCAGCAUGACAAUCCACUCUCUAAGAAGCUCAACGAUAUCAUUAAUGAAAUUAGACGCCAAAGAUGUAACUAUCUCCGCUUAAGGCUAUGCAAAAAGGGAGACUCAUCAGGUAUGUUGUUUUUCUCCAACAUGGUAGAAGACAAGACAUCCAUUGGACUUUCGUAUGUCGAGUUUCUGGUACAUAUCCAUCGACAUGUUCAAAGCAAAAUGGCUUGAGAAAAUUUUCCAGUUUUUGUUCAUAAAUUUUGACUAUAUUGAGAAAAGGUGUUACAUGGAAACAUUGUACAGAUAUUUUGUGGACAUCUUAGUUCUUUUAUCAGAAAAAAAUGUUCAUCAA